AUGCACUCCGCUCCCAAACUCAAAGACCCCUCCCUCCUCAUCUCCCAAGCCUACAUCAACGGCAAAUUUAUCGACGCUGCGUCCUCCGAGACCUUUGAUGUCAUUGAUCCUGGUACUGGCAAGAAGAUUGGGUCAUGCGCAGAGCUUAACAAGGAGGAUACCAACAAAGCCAUCGCCGCAGCGUCAGAUGCUUUCGCUUCCUUUCGCAAGACUCUCCCUCGGGAGAGAGCGACUAUGCUGAGAAAGUGGUAUGACCUGAUGAUGGAGAAUGCUGAUGAUUUGGCUACACUGAUAACCUGGGAGAAUGGCAAACCCUUCAACGACGCCAAGGGCGAAGUGGUCUACGCCGCCAACUUCUUCCAAUGGUUUAGCGAAGAGGCGCCUCGGAUUUAUGGCGAUACCAUCGGAGCCACUGUUCCGGGCAAUAGAAUUAUGACUUGGAAACAGCCCGUCGGUGUCUGUGGUCUCAUCACACCUUGGAACUUCCCUGCCGCGAUGAUCACGCGAAAGAUCGGUCCUGCCCUCGCUGCUGGGUGUACGGUUGUCGCGAAAACGCCAGGCGAAACGCCGUUCACGGCCAACGCCAUCGCCGAGUUGUCCCGUCGAGCAGGUGUCCCUCCAGGCGUUGUUAACAUCGUUACCGCUAUGAAAAACACGGCUGAAGUCGGCAUGGUUCUCACCACCGACCCGCGUGUCAAAAAGGUCUCUUUUACAGGAUCCACGAACGUGGGCAAGCUUCUCAUGAAACAGUCCUCGUCCACACUGAAAAAGCUGUCAUUCGAACUCGGCGGUAAUGCCCCCUUUAUCGUCUUCGACGAUGUUCCCGACCUGGACGCCGCAGUGGCGGGAGCGAUCGCGUGUAAAUUCCGGUCCUCAGGCCAGACAUGCGUGUGCGCGAACCGGAUUUACGUGCAAGAAGGCAUCUACGACGCCUUUGCUCAGAAAUUCACCGAAAAAGUCAAAAAUUUUAAAGUCGGUUAUGGUUUCGACGACGGCGUGACCCACGGCCCUGUGAUCCACGAUCGGGCAGUCGCCAAAGUGGAAUCGCAUGUGCAAGACGCAACGAAGAAGGGUGGGAAAGUUCUCUGCGGCGGGAACAAACUGACCGAUUUGGGAUCCCACUUUUAUGCCCCGACAGUUAUUGCGGGUGCAACCAACGAAAUGGCCAUCGCCCAUGAAGAGACGUUCGGCCCUGUAGCCGGGCUGUUUCCAUUCAAGACAGAAAAGGAGGUUAUCGCGCUGGCUAAUGAUACCGAGGUGGGAUUGGCGGGAUAUUUCUACUCUCGCGACAUUGGACGCGUUUACCGUGUUGCUGAAGCGUUGGAGGUGGGCAUGAUUGGCGUCAACACAGGGUUGAUCUCCGAUGGUGCCUCGCCUUUCGGUGGUGUGAAACAGAGCGGGUUUGGACGGGAAGGCAGCAAGUACGGUGUUGACGAGUAUGUUGUCAUCAAGAGCGUGACCGUCGGAGGUAUCAGCAAUGAUUUGCAGGAGUGA